AUGGUUGCGGAUUGGUUGCAAAAUGGGUGCAAAUAUUCAAAAUGUUUUGAAUCUGUUUCAGGUACAUUAUAUAUGUUUCCGGUACCAGCAAGCUUUGCGAUGCGAUUCUGUAUUUUUUUCUUUCUUUUUUGGGAAAUUUUUGCAAAUAUUGUAAAAAUCGAAAUCACUGAAAUUUCAGUGCAUAAAAACAGUUUUCCCAUUACUAUACUUGACAAACACAAUUAUUACCGUCGUCUUCAUUUCGCCCAGGAUUUGGUCUGGAACAAUAGCUUGUUCGAAUAUGCUUCGGAUUUUGUUUCACAAUAUGACUGCUCAGGAAUACUUGCUCACUCAGGUGGACCAUAUGGAGAAAAUAUAGCGAUUGGAUACAGCACAAUUGGAGCAGUUUCAGCAUGGUACAAUGAAGGAAAGGACUACAAAUACGGAAGUGAUAAAGUCUAUAAUCAUUUUACGGCGUUAAUUUGGAACACUACUUCACAAUUAGGCUGCGCUUUAAAAGAGUGCGGAGACGUUUGGGGCAAGUAUAUUGUAUGCAGCUAUUAUCCACCAGGCAAUGUGGUUGGUCAGUCACCAUACAAUGUGUUCCCACCUAGUCCACAACUGUAA